AUGUUGUUAUCGAAUACCCUCGUUGCAUCUGCGCUUAUUGUAGCAGCUCAAGCUUGUACCGAGCUUGGCCAUAUGACCAAGCGUGAGGCACCAGCACCAGGAAAUGGGACUGCACCGGAAGGUCCUUUGUGGGCGUAUGGGGCGACCGAUGGACCGAUGGCUUGGUACAAUAUGGACCCUGAGGCCAACAAAGCUUGUGGCGAAGGAUUGAAUCAAACACCUAUCGAUCUUAACCAGCAAGUCGCAAAGGUCGAGGCGGCAUCUGGAUAUCCUCUGAAGUACGGAAAGGUGGCCAAUGUUAAGUUCUCGAACACUCAUCAUACCGCCCAAGUUCAGGUAGAUGCUGUGACCAAGGACAACACUCUUCAACUCAAGGGUGAAGAGUACUACCUGGCUCAAUUUCAUUUCCAUGUUCCAAGCGAGCAUCACAUCGAGGGGGAGAUGUUUCCAAUCGAGGUCCACUUUGUUCACAAGACCAAGGGCGAUAAACCAAAACUCGCGGUACUUGGCUUCAUGAUUGAAGUCGGUUGUGAGAACUAUCCUUUGCUCAACGUCACACUGGGUCAGAUUGCUCAAGUGGAGGCUCCAAAUUCUGUUGCGCAGAUAGCCGACUUGGAUCUGACCGAGCUUGCUAAAAGAUUCAGCGAGGGCCAAGUAUUCAGGUACCUUGGAUCCCUAACUACUCCUCCUUGCACUGAAGGUGUAGAAUGGCUCGUCAGCACCCAGGUCCUUACAGUCGACGUCCAGACCUACAACGAGGUCAAGAGAACUCUCAAGUACAAUUCUCGUUAUAUCCAAGCAAAUCCAGGAACCGUGAAUAUCCAGAAGGCUGUUCCAGGUGGCCCAAAAGCUCCAGUUCCUGCAGUUCCCGCAGUUCCCGCAGUUUCUGCUACAGUAGUUUCUGACCCAGCUAUCGCCAUGACACCUGCUCCUGUAGCUGCUCCUGUCGCAGCUGGUGGCCACUAG